AGCUCGUGUGCCAGCUCUCCUUCCCCCGUCAUGGCUCUGCGCAGACUCUCCUUAAUUUGCUUGAUUAUUGCAGCCCUCGUCGCUGCGACGGCAGCCAACAGCACGAUCGCGUACAUAGACAAAAUCGAAACGCUGGAGGAUGUGCGCGUCCUGGAAUCCGAGAUCAUGCAGACCGCGCCUGUGCAGAAGCUGUCGCAGCUGCAGGCGGCGCUGAACGCGGAGGAAUCGCCUAUCAUGCGCCAGGUCUUCUCGGUGUUGUUCCCCUUCGGUCCGGCGCUUAACUCGAUUUUGGGCACAUUCUACAUCAGCUCCGUCCCCAAUUUCAUCCUUGCCUUCAUCCCCGCCGAGAUCCAUGGCGACACGUUGAACACCAUGACCGCGUUCGCGACGGGAGGCCUCCUCUCCGACGUGUUUCUGCAUCUCGUGCCGCACUCCUUCAUGGGAGAGCACCAGGACGACGACGUGCACCUCGUUAUGGUUGAGCCGAAGCGCAACAUUCUCGUCGGCCUUGCCAUCUUCAUCGGAUUCGCGUCGUUCUUCUUCAUGGAGAAGACGCUGAGAGUCCUGAGUGGCGAGGAAGGGGACGCGCACGGUCACUCCCAUGCCCACGGACACGCGCAUUCGCACUCGGAUGCGCAACCAACUGCAGCCGCGUCGGGUGUUGCCAGCCCGUCUUCGGGGGUGCUUCGCGCGCGGGGGAAGACCGGAGACAAGGACGCAAGCGGCCAAGCCAAGGGUGUGGACGGCCAACUCAUGGGCGAGCUCGACGUUGGCAAGGCAGAACAUCCAGAGGCGCACACGCAUGAGCACACGCCGUCUGCCGGCCCCUCCAAGCUAUCCGCAUACCUGAACUUGUUUGGCGACUUUGUGCAUAACAUCACCGACGGCCUCGCCAUGGCCGCCUCCUUCUACGCGUCGCCGCUCAUCGGCGCGACGACAACCCUCGCGUGCUUCGCGCACGAGAUCCCACAUGAGAUUGCGGAUUAUUCGAUUUUGGUCCGCAGCGGCUUCACCAAACGCCAGGCUAUGCAAAGUCAGUUCCUGACCGCCGUGGGCGCCUUCGUAAGUGUCGGGACCUUCAUGGGCAUCGGUAUCCACCGCGCGACCGCGACGGGCGAGACAGGGAGCGAAGCGAUAGAUCUGGCGGCUGCUAUCAGGCAAGAUGCUCCUGGCCUAUUGGGGACGACGGUGACGCCGGGUGAUAUGGUGAUCCCCUUCGUUGCUGGUGGUUUCCUGUACAUUGGCGCAGUUGCUGUCUUGCCAACGCUGCUCGCAGAGAGCAAGAGCGCCGCGCAGGCGGUGCGGGAGUUCCUCGCUAUGGCGCUCGGGGUGAUCUGCAUGUUCCUCGUUGCAUGGAACGAGUAAUUUAUGGCUGAAGUAUCGUCCCUUUUGCUGCCUUACUUGCGCAGGCCAUAGCUUGGACCUCACAGAAGGCCGCGUGCCGCUGUCGUGUAGACCUUCUCAGCCAGAUGCUAUUGAGGCUGCUUGCUUUGUUUUUGGCGACCUUCUACUGGUCAAUACACCUCUUCUGAUCACAUUGC